GGGCCGCGGGCGGAGCGUGGGCGUCCAGCUCCCGGGGGUGCCCUUGGGAGGGGGCGGCUGGGCCCCGGCGGUGCGGUAGUGGGGGGCUGGGGUGCCGGGGGGCUGCAGGCGGCGGGAUCCGUAGCAGGUUGCGGGGAGGAGGAGAAGCGGGCCCGGGCACGGGGUGGCGUGUAGGGUCCUGGGCGCCUCGCCCGGGUCCCGCUGCCAGAAGCGGCCUGGCCGCCGGUGACAGGCCCCCGCCUCUCCUAGGCCACCAGCUCUCGCCAUGCCGAGUCCCCGGAGCAGCCGUGAGCGACGCAGCGGCAGCAGCGGCGGCGGCGGCAGCCGUCUGGAGUUCCUGUCCCUCGUCAGCCAGCGCAGCCCCGGCGCCCCGGACAGCCCGUCGCGCCGCAAGGAGUCGAGUAGCGCCGCGGCCGCCCCGCUGCCCGAGGAGGACUGCAUGAAACUCAACCCCUCCUUCCUGGGCAUCGCCCUCAGCUCCCUCCUCGCCAUCGACCUCUGGGCCUCCAAGCGCCUGGGCGUCUGCGCUGGAGAGAAUUCGGCCUGGGGCAGCGCCCGCCCCCUGAUGAAGGUCAUCGAGGUUUCGGGGCACGGCAUCCCCUGGCUGCUCGGCACCUUCUGCGGGCUCUGCCAGAGCGACAGCUCAGCGGCCAGGGAGGUGCUGCUCAACUUGCUCUUCGCCCUGCUGCUGGAUCUGGUGCUGGUGGCCGUGGUGAAGGGGCUGGUGAAGCGGCGGCGGCCCACCCACAACAAGAUGGACAUGUUCGUCACCAUCUCGGUGGACAAGUACUCCUUCCCCUCCGGCCACGCCACCAGAGCCGCCCUCGUCUGCCGCUUCGUGCUGCGCCACCUGGUGCUCGCCGUGCCGCUGCGGGUCCUGGUGGUGCUCUGGGCGCUCAUCGUCAGCGUCUCCAGGGUGAUGCUGGGCAGGCACAACAUGACGGAUGUGCUCUUCGGGCUGCUGCUGGGCUACGCCCUGUACAGCGUGGUGGAGUACUGCUGGCUGUCCCCGCUCAGCGCCCCGGCCCUCUUUGCGCUCUGGGGCCAUUGACGGCCGGGUCCCUCCGCAGGGGGGCGGCGUGCG